AUGCAACCCUCAAAUACUGGCCUCUUUGCGACCGUUGAGACUGCGCCGUCGUCACGAGCACCGACUCCAGUAUCAUACUACCGACUCGAUUCGCAAACGAAAGGCGACACCCUGUCGUUCCUAGCCCGAGAAUCCGUGUAUAGGAGGGACAGCGGCCUGUUACCAGCGUACCAAAGAGCGAUAUCAGUCGACAUUAGCCAACCUCCGUCCAAUAAAGCAAGAGUGUACCACGAGCAGAUACCGCGAGUGGAAUAUCUCAAUGUGCCACCAGCCGCUACACCAAGAUAUUCAGCACAAACAUUCAGCAAGCAGGAGUACGACGAGACAACACGGCGGGCUCAACACGUCGACCCUCCUGACGUCCGCCGCCUUGGAAUCCUGCGGAAACCGCUACUAGGACGAACCGAGGCUGUAGAUAUGUCGGCGCAUCCUCUUCCUUCACUUCCAGUAGAAAAUAGGGCACCGAAGCAUAUCCUUCAAGAGUCGGACGUGGCUGUCGUGGAAGAGCAGUGGUAUGAUCAGAAUCGAGAACGAAGAGCAGAGCAAACGUGGGAUGACUACGAGAUCAUUGCAGUCGAAAGCGAAGGAUGGCCUUCAGAACCAAUACCGACGGACUCGAGUGUCCAAACCCGCUCGAGGCCGAAAGAUUGCGGUCUAAGUGCACUUCAACAGCAAAACUUUAGGCACAACGACUUACUGGACCCCCUCUCUGCGACACCGCGAAAUAGUUGCGUCCAAGAGUAUACCAACGUUCCGCGAAGAAGCGACACCUUCGACGAUCACGCGCAGCUCCCUUCUUCGGCGGAGCUUUACACAUAUCGAAAUACCCUCGAUGAAGCAAAGGAGAAGCAAUGGGCGACCAGAAAGACGCAACCGAAAGAGCAAAGUAUGAGAUAUUGCUUCGGCGAACGAGCGUUAACAAAUACCGAGCACCAACGAGCCGCGUCGGAAGAGCCUACACUCAGGACCCCCGAGCCACGCUCUCCUCAUGUCCGCUUCGCAGAACCCACUUCGUGUCCUCCAACCCCACGUUCUUCCCCAUCCCUCUCACCACGUGCCUUAUACGACACCACGCGUCUCAAGCCUUACGGUCCGCGGCAGCCACCGUGGGGCUCGUCUGAAGAUCUGGAAUUGCAGCGAAGAAGCAGGACGGACGUUCGUGCUCGCGACGAUGACAUAAGGGAGAGAAUAUCCGCUAAGAGUUUGCGGUUACUACAAGCAAGGCAAGGCACGUCCGGAAAGAAGAGAAUGACGGAAGUCGAGGAGCUGAGAGAGCAGAUUUAUGAGGUGUAUCCGGAUAUGACGUUUGAGGGGGAUGGGGACGAGGAGGGAUGUUGUUGCUGUUGCGUGGUUAUGUAACUGCUACCGUGAAGAGGGAUCUUACGAAGAUGGAAGCGAAUACCAUGGGGGAAGAUCACAUACUUACCAUGGACGUUUUGGUGUGAAUCAA